AAUUGGUAGUGAAUUGACUGCCUUGGAUAUUUGUUGUAAUCCGACAUCAUUGAACGAUAAUAGCGAAAAUUAUCAAAAAAAUUUUGUCUUGGUAUUAUUGCGUGAAUGGUAUAAAUCAUUUUGUAGGUGAAAAUUGAUAUAGUUCUCAAUUCACGGUAUUCACUGUCCGCUACUUUUAUCUAGGAACGACAAUUUCCUUUGCAAAUGUAUUGCGAAAUUCGGUUGCGAUUCUUGUUGAAAAACUGACAAGUCUACCAAUUACACAUAUUGAGAUAAGAUCAUUUUUUAGAACUUCUUUUUACACCGAUUUUUAAGUUUACUUUCAAUUUAUUUGUCACGUUGUACAAAGUUGGCGUUUUCACAGAGGUUGUCAGAAUAUCGCGAGCGAGAAUAAUGAAUUUAAUUAAGACUCCGUGACUCGUUUUUUUGCUCAACAAUCUGUAAGAGAAUAAAUAAACGCUAAACCAAAAACAUCACUUCAUACCGAAUAGUUUUAAUUCUACAAUCUAAUUAUUACUUUCUAUUACUGUGUAUAAUAUAUAAAUAAAUUUUUAUUCCAGAUGCGAAUACGAAUUAUAAACUACAAAUUCAGAAAUCGCAGUUAUCGAAGUUUUUCGCAUCUCCUCGUGCUAACUAUUCAUUAGUUAAAGUGUGUUAAAAACAAAUACACUCAUUUCUAUUCGCCAUCUGUUUAUCUAAUCGCUUUUUUCUUCGCGCUUAGCUGGCAAUUCCCAAGCGAUGUCGGUCACCUACCGCAAUAUCCUGCACAAAGUAAGAAAAUGAAAUUCGCAAGCGGAAUGAACAAAUCAAAUGGCGAUGUUGAACGACGGUAUUCAUUCGUUCAAGAACCUUCACGUCGACAAAGCUUGAAUCUCAGAGGCGUUGUCUUUGAGAGGAAUCACCGAAGGACUUCCAAAGUGUGUGAUUUCGGACGAAUAGUUUGCGAAUUUUACGUGACCGUCGAAAGCUUGCGAACAACGAUAACAAAUUUCAAGCUUAGCUGAUUUUUACGAUCUUCCAACAAAACGAUAAUAAUCAUGGCGACUGAAGAUAAUAACUCAACGCCAGAUUCAACAACGUGGGAAACAACAAUUUGGACGUUAAUUGCCAACGAAACUACAGAGUAUCCAAAAUUCAAUUCGACGGAAGAAGUUACACUCUCAUUGGCCGCCAUUCACAUGUUCGUAAUGAUUCUCUGUGGCUUUAUAAUAUUGACGAAUCUCUCAGUUGUAUUAUCGUCAGGAUUAAUCCUGAAGAAAGGAAUAACUCCAAAGACGACUUACCUGUUCCUUGGAAACGUCGCGAUGUCGGAUUUGGUUGUCGGUUUGGCUGUUCUCUUCGGUGUAAUUUUUGGCAGGCCUCCCGACUUCUACAGCAGUCAAAUUGAAUGCGCAAUCCAAAUGGGAAUGGUGGUGUCCAGUACUAUAGUAUCCGUUUACACGGUGGGCCUGAUAGGCUUGGACAGAUUCCUGUACAUAGUCCACGGAAUGAAGUACAACCGUUGGAUGUAUCCAAGAAGAGCUCGUCUGCUGAUCGGAUGUACUUGGGUGCUAGGAUUGAUCCUCGGUUUCCUGCCAUUAACGGGUCUCUGGACACUUUACGAUACCCAAAACGGCAAAAAGUGUUGGUUCAUUCUUCUGGCUCCACCGGGCUUGGUUCUACUGAUCGUGACCAUCGGUCUGGUGCCCGUAUUGAUGAUCAUCGUUCUUUACGGUAUAAUUUUGUACCACGCGAUAAAAAAGGUGUUGCAGCUUCGCAGAGCCGACAAAAAUCGGACGAAUGAAAACGGAGGAAGGGACGAGAACUUGAGGAUAUUUCGAGGCGGUGAAUCAACUUCGAUCGGUGACGAAACCGCGAAGCAAAAGGCGAAGAACAGACCCUCGAGAAUCAAGGCUGUUAAGGUGGUCCUCUUUACCUGCGGUACCAUCGUCGUUACUUGGGCUCCAUACUUCAUCGCGUGCACCAUGUACGUCUUUUGCGAUCCGGAAACCGGGGCCUGCGACUCCAUUGGAUACGCCAUAGACACGCCACUCGCUCUGCUUGGUCUUGGAAACUCUUUGCUCAAUCCUCUGAUAUACGCUUGGUGGCAUAACGGGUUUCGCAAUUUUAUGAGGAGAAUUUUGUGCAGGGGUCCAACGAUCCCGUGAAAAGAACGCUGUUUGUCAAACUUGAACUUAUUUUCUAUCGAUCAAACAUUUACAAAUCACUCUGAAUUAACCAAGAACUAAUUUACAAACUAUAAACCAAUGAACAAUUAGAGAAAAAAAGAAUCUAUUUAAGACUGUGACUACGAAGGGUUAGGAACUUGGAGAAAUUUGAAACUCGACAGUUUCUUGCGAUCUAACGACCAAACGAUAACCAUGAGCCGUUGGAUUAUUCAGACGCGAGACUUGUUCCUGGGUGGUUUAAAAGUGAUCGUUUCACGCAUCUCUUCUUUCGACUAUCGCCAAAUCCACAACGGUUAGGAUUCUUCGAUCGGUUAACUUGUGAUUUUUGGCUAAGAGCGUUACGCAUUCGUCACAAAAGCUGAGUGAGGCUGUCGGUGUGAAUUGUGACUUGCAAUUGCCGACGUUGAUUGGUUGCCGAAGAUCAAGACCGUGACGAAAUACGACAUCGGAGAAGAAGACGCAGCCACAGCUUCAACCUUUCAAAAAGCCAUCGAAACGAUGGAUUUUAACUACACUACGGAAGAUACAAUUCUCAACCUUGACGAUGUUAGCGGCGUCGAUGUGCAACUUGACUUCUUCGAUGUCUGCGUUCUGAUUUUCAUUAUCGUUGCCAAUCUGGCGCUCGUUUUGUUAUAUGCAUCGAUCAUCAAGAACGGAGUGAGCCUAAAGACGAGUCACCUCUUCAUCGGAAAUGGUGUGAUGGCUGACUUGGUCACAAUUGUCGGUAUUCUCCUCGACCAAUAUUAUCCGGAUCCAUUUAGCACUGAUCUUUCAUGCAGCAUCGGGAUGGGAAUGAUAAUUGCAAGUACGAUAGCCUUCGUUUAUACAUAUGGCUUGAUAGCCGUUGACAGGUUCCUGUUCAUAGCCCAUGGCAUGAAGUACAACCGUUGGAUGUACCCAAAAAGUGGUUGUCUUCUAAUCGUGUCGACAUGGAUCUUAGGAACGAUUCUUGGCCUCUUACCAACAACAGGUCUGUGGACCGAAACAACGGAAGGUGAUAAAAUCCCUUGGUUGGGUUUGUUCACUCCACCCGACCUCAUAGAUCUCAUAACAGAUAUCGAGAUGAUUCCGAUAUCGCUUGGAGUGAUAUCGUACGGCAUAAUUCUCUAUCACGCAAUAAAAAAACAGAUUCAGCUUCGACGAGCCGAUAGAAACCGGACAGAUGAAACCGCAUCAGGCGAUAAUGCCGAGUUGAGAAUAUUUCGCGGUGGUAAGUCGGUGAAAAAUGAUGACGCGAAGAAAACUGCCAAGAACAAACUAUCCAAGAUCGAAGCAGUCUCGGCGGUACUUUUCUUGUGCGCCUAUAUUGUUUUCACCUGGAUUCAGUAUGUCUUUGCUAGCCACAAGUACGUUUUCUGCGAUUCAAUCGAUUAUUGCAAGGAAGUGAAGUUGCUGUUUGCCGGGAUGAGCUCCGUAAAUUUUUUUCUUGACCCUGUUAUAAGCGGAUCGUGGGACACCGGCGUUACAAAUUUUAUGAAAAAAUUAGUGUGUAAGGAAUGAAACACGCUUAACAAUAGAGUCAGACGUAAUUUUUCACCGCAACAAACGAGAUCCGAAAAAUUAUAAAGCAGCGAGGAAGUCUGUGUAAGGUUUCCAUUCUGACUGAGCGAAUAAAAAAUUCAAGGUAAUUUUAUAUCUACAAUAAUAAAAUAAUAACAAUCAAAAGGUACCUUGUUAAUUACAAUGCAUUUAAAUAUAUUAUUAGAUAUCAUGUUAUUCCGGGUAAAUUUAGUCAUCAUUUUGUGUCGGUCCAUUUUCUGUUACACUGUAUGCUUGAAAAUAAUGUUUACGAGCCUCUGAAAUUGCCCUCAUAUAUGUCGUUUCGGCAAUAAAUAUCACAUUAUUGAUAAAUAUAUCGAUCCUUUUGUUGAGAGGAUGUCAACCAUCGGAAACCUAAUCUCAGUAGUGACCACCUUACAUAAUUUCCAUGUCCUGACAUCCUCUGUGAACCUCCAUCGCUAUCUGUGAU